GAAAUAUGGAUUUGACUUCUCCUUGACACCAAAAUUACCGCUGAAACGGCAGCUCUGUUGCCUGUAAACCUUUCUCUUUGGCUGUAAACUAACAUUCCUAUAUCCCGCACGUUCUUUAUCCUACUAGUGUUCAUACCCGUCCCAUAUUGCCCCACUCUCACUAUUCUUCUAUUUCUUGUAUCUCAUCAUGUUUUCUUUUCGCAGAAAACCCCGAACUUCAGACUCUACGGGGUCACCACUGAAAACCUCUCCCUCUCUGCCUGAGCUGCAUUCUCAAGGCAUUCCAUGGCCGGAAAACUUGGUAGAUGUCACGGUAAUACGCGAAAGUUCCCGUCCAGAGCCAGAACGUUAUCCCCAGCAAGGUGCGGUCAAAAGCUCUGUAUCCUCCUCCGAUCGUGCCCCCAUUCCGUUCCACAAACCAUUUCGGUUAAUUGCAGGACAACCGGCGGAAAAUGGCAGCAAGAUUUCGUCGAUGUAUAUGUCUCGCCCCCCAUCUGCGUUCGGUAAUUGGAGAUCUUCCACCGUUCCUGCCCUGUCACCACGGAGAUCCCACCGUAAAAACCGUACUCCACCUGCGUUCAACCUCAUGGUUGUAGGAGCAAGAGGCACAGGGAAGACUUCGUUCUUGCGUUUACUUCUCGAAACUGCAGACAUAUCACCAAAUUCGACAGAAGACCAGCUUGUGGGCUUGGACCGGUUUUUAAAUGGUUCUCUGAAGCACACACAGCAACUUAAUACGGCGUGUGUCGAAAUUUGCGAGUCGCGGUAUGACCGAGUACUUCUGACUGUCAUCGAUACCCCGGGAUUGGAUUUCAGCGAUGGGCACGAGUUGCGGGUUGAACGUCAGGUCAGUGGGAUGAUCAAGUAUCUUGACGCACAAUAUGCAGAUACAAUGAAUGAGGAGUCUAAAGUUGUCCGUCAAAGCAAGGGGGAUCAACAUGUUCACUUGUGUAUCUUUAUGGUUGAUCCCUCGUCUAUAUUGUCACCAUCACCUUGCCCCCCGUCUAUGUCGGGCAGAGCCCGGUCAGAUACCACGGUCUCUCGUACUACCGUCGGAGAUACCCAAGAAGCCAUUUACCAUCAAGAAUAUUCCAGAGACUUCGCAAUGUCCCCCGCUGAGCUUCGCGUGAUCCGUCGUCUUUCGGCACGGGUGAACGUGCUUCCUGUUAUUGCACAUGCGGACUCACUUACGGAUGACACGUUGUCGUUGGUGAAAGCCGCCGUUCACAGGGACCUAGAGUCAGCUGGGCUAGACUUUGGGGUGUUCUCUACACCCAAGCCGAAAGCGGACUCCCCCGCAUCGAUAUCGCAUUCGGACGAUAAAGCUGCCACAACGUUGCCACAAGAAGUAAACGGUCACCGUGAGAACGGUGACAUUCGCCAAAAUGGAAGCUCUUACGUUGCAAAUGAUAGUGAAAACAAGGGACGCCCCUCACGUCCAGUGAUCACUCUGAAAGGGACACGGCUUUCCCGUUCUCUUCAAGACGAAAGAGAGCCCUACUAUCCCGAUGGCGCCGAAGAAGAUAGCGUAGCGAAUAUUCGUUUCUCAGCUCAUGUUGUCUCCAAAACAGAUAUCUCAACGUUACUCCCCUUUGCGCUUAUCGCUCCGGAACAGGCAACUACCCCGCGGAUUAGACGGCCGCAACCAGCUUCCCCUGAAUAUGACUUUUCGGCUCGGGGAGACACGACAGGGCACUCUACCCCUGUGGCAGAAACACCCAUCUCCCCGGAUAGUCCUACUGUCCGCAAAUCCGUGUUUCUUCAAGGUCCCCCGGAGGAUCUCAGGGGCGCGUUUACUAGGAAGUUCAGAUGGGGGACCAUUGACGUACUGAACCCUGACCACUGCGACUUCGCUGCCCUCCGAACAGCGAUUCUAUUAACCCAUCUCAAGGUUCUCAAGGUACAUACUCGGGAAGUUCUGUACGAGAAGUACCGAACAGAAAAACUCUUGGCUAGGCGUGCAACCAGGAACAUAGGUCCUGAAGAAGCGAAACGUCUGUUGGAAGGCACGCCACCUGUUUGUGCAUUACGGUCUUUGUGAAUCUUGGCUUGUAAUCCCGUCGAUUUAUUCUUAUUUAUGAGUUUUAUCAGGUCCCCCCUUGUACUCCCUAGUCUUGGAUCACUUCCUCUGGACCAGUUGUACGUUGUACAUAUGUUUUCGUUCAUACCACGGAUCUAUUUUUUGCAUUCCCUUUCACAUUGGGAACAUCACAUUGGGCUUGCGUCCCCCACACUUUUGGAUUUAAACCUACGCACCUUUUAAAUACAUUGUUUUUGAACCCCUGUUUGAAAUUGACCGUAGUUUGGCACCGUGGGGGCUCCUCAAA